UAAUCAACUUGAUUUCAAUGAUUUGCUUUUUGUAGGCAGAAGAAAACAGAUCAAAAAGACCUUCUCCUUUGUAUAUCUAAAUCUAUCAACAAUUUCUCAGAUCCAAAAAAGUCCGAUCAAACAAUGUCGACUUUCAGUGGAGAUGAAACUGCUCCUUUCUUCGGCUUCCUCGGCGCCGCUGCGGCACUCGUAUUCUCAUGCAUGGGAGCAGCGUACGGAACAGCAAAGAGUGGUGUAGGAGUGGCGUCUAUGGGAGUGAUGAGACCAGAGUUGGUAAUGAAAUCCAUUGUUCCAGUGGUUAUGGCUGGUGUGUUGGGUAUUUAUGGAUUGAUUAUUGCUGUUAUCAUCAGUACUGGUAUUAAUCCCAAAACAAAGUCAUAUUACCUGUUUGAUGGAUAUGCUCAUCUCUCUUCUGGUCUUGCUUGUGGUCUUGCUGGUCUUUCUGCUGGAAUGGCUAUUGGUAUUGUUGGUGAUGCCGGUGUUAGGGCAAAUGCUCAACAGCCUAAGCUUUUCGUUGGGAUGAUCCUCAUUCUCAUUUUUGCUGAAGCUUUGGCUCUUUAUGGGCUUAUUGUUGGCAUUAUAUUGUCUUCACGAGCUGGGCAGUCCAGAGCAGAGUGAAGUUGGCUUAUCAACACUAUUCUUACUAUGAUGUACGUGCAACUUUCAGAAAACGCUGGCAAAGCUUGAUCUUUGCUAAAGUCGAUAAGCUAUAUAUGUCUACGUUUGUUAUGACGGCUGCUAUGUGCUGUUUGUAGAAGUAGGAGUGAGUAUUUAUCUACUGUACUUAAUAAUAGCUUAAGAAGCUUGUCUUAUUUGAUCACCAUUUGUCGUAUUUUGCAAUUUGAUGCCAUUGAACACCGUUGUGCAUUUAUGAUUUUUUGAUAUAAUUUGUCAUGACCCUAUGCAACAUAUAUGACAUUCCCCUUUAAUAUUUCUGAGAAAUUUUAUUGGUG